UAUCAAUAUCAGUAUAAUACUUAAAUUUGACAAUGAAAAUUUUUUUUAAUAAACAAUAAAUUAAUAAAAAAAUAUGUUUUCCAAGAAAACUAACACAGGAUGCUAAUAUAAUUGAUAGUCAAAUGGUAAACAGCUCAUUUGAUAAUAAGUCCGCAUAAAACAUCAGAUAAUGAGAAAUUUUCAUCCAAUGAAGUGAUUUACUUAUUUUAAUUAAUUAUAAUGAAUAUGAGACAAAUUUUAAAUUAUUAUUAAUAUGAAUUUGAAAUAAUAUUUUGAUUUAACGAUCCCAGAAAUAAUGUAAAUAAAUGAUAUUUAAUUGAGUAAGUGGUAUUGUCUGUGCUGGUGUACUAUUAACUGAUAAAUAACUCAUCCUCUUUAUAAACUCUGAUUGUGUUAGUCUUCAACACUCUAGUGUACGGUAGACAUUGCCAUGAGAUUAUCAAGACAGUAUUCAACUUAAAACUCGGGACUUUAGUCAACUUCUCAAUUGUUGUUACAAAAAUAUAUAUACCUAAACCUGCAUCUAUAUAUUUUCAAUUAUAUUACUACUCAUUAUUUAAUUAAAUAAUUUUAAUAACUUGUGUAACAACUGUCGUCAGAUAUAAUUCCGUAAUUGAGUUAAUUUAAAUUUGUGUUGAAUAAGUUUAAUUUAUUGUAUACAGAUAUAUUUGUUGUUAUUCAAAGUAAAUAAUAUAUUAUUUUGUGUGGGAAGUGAAAGAAUAUUUUUUAUUGUCGACAACAAAAGGCUGUAAAGUAUAGAGUAAUAUAAAUAAAAGAAGAAGAAGAAAUAAAAGUGAUGGUAUUGUAAGAAAAUGGUUUCGUGACAGUAUGCAACGUGGAAUUUGAAAAUAAACCAGAGUUCAAUUUCUAGUUUGUAGUAAAUAAAAAUCGUGCAAUGCUUUGAAAAGUAACAACCACUUGAACUCGCUAACUCAACUUGGAUUUUCUCACAUCGAUUUUUCCUCCUAACAACAAUAAAUAUGUCGAGUGAAUUUAAUGUCUAUUGGCUUUAAAAAUCCGCCUCGACUAUUUUUUUCGACUAAAAAUUUUUUUCCUGCCUUAAAAAUGGAGUUAGCAACAAAUACUUGACAGCAAAUGUCAAUUUAAAUGUAAACAUCCAUAUAGAAAAAGGAGCUUAGUGAAAAUUAAAAUGGAAGGAUCUGAGGAAAGUGACUUUGAAUAUUUCUGGCAAGCACUCAACCGAGAAAAUUUAACCGAAGAAGAGUACUUAAGUAGGAUACUAGGGCCUAAGUACCUUUCAUUAAAGCUCGUAAUACCUCUUACACUGGCUUAUGUCAGUAUAUUUGUUACUGGGGUGCUUGGUAAUGUCGCGACUUGUAUAGUAAUCAUCAAGAACUCGUCAAUGCACACAUCCACCAAUUACUAUCUUUUUGGCCUCGCAAUAUCUGACCUAAUUUUACUCACCCUCGGUUUGCCUAAUGAGCUUAGUUGUAUUUGGCAACAAUAUCCGUGGGUGCUUGGAGUAACUUUAUGUAAACUGAGGGCCUACGUUUCAGAAAUGUCCUCGUAUGUAUCGGUAUUAACGAUAGUGGCAUUUUCAAUGGAACGUUAUUUAGCGAUAUGCCAUCCCCUUCAAACCUACACAAUGGACAAACCACAAAGACCAAUUAUAAUAAUGUUCAUCGCGUGGUCUAUUGCUUUAGUUUCGGCGGUUCCUUUUGCCAUCUAUACAAACGUUAACUACGUCGAGUAUCCACCAGGUUCUGGAGAGGCGUCCGAAGAUUCCGCAAUCUGUGCGAUGUUAUUACCAGACAUGCCCGACUUCCCUCUUUAUGAAUUGAGUUGCGUUAUUUUUUUUUUAAUACCGAUGAUUAUUAUUCUCGUUGUUUACACGAGAAUGGGCUUGAAAAUACGCAACAGUGCGUGCAGUACUCAAAAUUCUAUGGUACAAUCAGCCCAUUUAGAAUCGCGACAAAUCCAGUCGCGUAAAAGUAUCGUCAGAAUGUUGACCGCAGUUGUGGUUAUGUUUUUUUUCUGCUGGGCGCCAUUUCACGCCCAACGUCUGCUUUACGUUUAUGCCCAAGAAGCAGACUACUAUCCAGAUUUAAAUGAGUGGCUUUAUAUACUUAGUGGAAUUCUUUAUUACUUCAGUACUACGGUCAAUCCAAUUUUAUACAAUCUAAUGAGUUUGAGAUAUCGAAGCGCAUUCAAAAAAACUAUAUGCUUUAAAAAAAAGUCACGAAGAAGCCAAAGCUUUAAUAAUCAUAAUAAUAGUAAUAACAAUAACAAUAAUAGAAGUAGUCACAGAGACAGAAAUUUAUGUCGCUGUGGAUCCGAUCGAAUUCCGCAUAGAACCAAUUUCAAAUGCACAUUCAGAAAUACAAUAGACCACGCAAAGGAAAUGUUCAAAUCCAAUUCAACGCGACACGAAUACAACAGAGGAGCAAAGUUGCCUAUUGAUUACAACAGUGUCAUGAAAAUAAGUGAUGGAAAUAGCGCCAGAGGGUUAUUAAUUAACAAACAUCUCCCAGUAGAUCAACAAAUGAGUAAUGAGAGUACCAGUAGUUUUGGUAACAGAGUUAAUGAGACUAUUUCUACGGCAAGCAGCGCCGUUUAAUUUAUUUAUUUACUCUUUAUUGUUUAUUUAUAUGUUGUAAAUAUUUGUUAUUAAUAUAUAUAUAUAUUUUUUCCAAUUAUUAUUUUUAUUAAACAUUUGAAUGGAUAAAUUUAUUUUUCUGUAAUUUUUCUGCUCAAAAUUCAGUCGAGUGUAAACGUAAUAAAUUCCUGGUUUCAUUCGAAUAUUAUUAAUACAAUUAAUUUUUGUAAAUAGGUUUUGAUUUUUUAAAUUUAAUAAAAUAAUGAAAAAGAUAUUACACGCGGUUAAUAGAUACAUCUAUAUAUAUUUAUAUACUAUUGACAUGAAAACAUACAGUACUAUAAUAUUUUAUAUGAUUCGUGUGCGUAUGUGAAAAUAAAAUUGAAUUGAAUGGAGUAUUGAAUAGCUGGGCCAUACCUCCUUUAAUUUAAAAUUAUUUGUAUGUUUAAACCAUAAAAUAUAGCGCGUUCUUUUGGUAGAUAGAAAAUUUAAAAAAUUUAUUGACAAUAACAUGAAUCAUAAUUAAUGGAUUUGUUGUUUAUAGCGCCGCAGGCUACAUCAAAUCGACUAAAAAGUUUUUCAACGGUAUUUACAUUUAUAUUGAAUGUAAUAUUUGCUGAUAUUAUUCAUGUACUAAAGUUAUUAAA